ACGGGACCCUGAAGGCGUCGUCGCAUUUCGCUUACUGCACUGAACACCGCUAUUUCAACAACCAUGACCCCGCUGCAUGCCACACUGGCCUCACAACAUCGUGCUAUGACAGGCCGGUCUUGGAGAUGAUACGAUAAACCGUCUGAUGUCUGGAGUCUUGCCAUUACCACUCUCGACCACUGGAAUACGGGACUUGUCUGGCGAUAUGGACUCGAACAACGCCGCCUGGUCUGAUGGGCUUACCGGUGGCUUAUCUGACUUUGAACAAGCGCUUGGGACUAGAGCACCUGGAGAGGAUUGGGAAGAUUGGUUGAGAUGGGAUCCCGCCAUCGAGUCUACAUCUCCUGGAGACGGCACCUUCAACUCAGGCUCUAGUAAGAACGAUUCGCCUUUACAACACGCUGCUCUACCGCUGGGCGGGAACGACAGCUUUGGCAAAGGCUUCAUCGAUGAUACCUUGGCACCGCCGCUGGUUGUUGGUGAAGAUCUGUUGGACUUCAAUCGGAACUUGGCGGCCAACAACAACGAACCCUUCGUAUUUGGUGGCAGCAACACCGACUUCGAUUUCGGCACGCCGGCAUAUCCACACACGGUGCCGGAGGUACCAAAGAUCGAUACUUCCUGGCCCGCGGCACUAUAUGCACAGCCGCAGAAUGUCACAUUGUCAGCACUAUCUAACGAGUUUACCAUACCAACGGCAAGCACUCUCUCCUCGAAGACGCUAAGUCCGGGCGAUGGGCCCUAUCCAGCAACUCAACCGCGGGCAAGCACCUCGUCCAAGUCAUCUUCUGACUCCCCAGAGGCGGGCCCCAAGAAGGGUGGGGGCCGCAAGCGCAAGAUUGAAGUUGAGGAGGAAGAGCGAGCCAUGAACGGCGACUCUGGUGACGGAGACGAACCACCUGUAAAGAAGUCAUCCCACAACGUCAUUGAAAAGCGGUAUCGUAACAACCUUCAAGACAAAAUCGCGGAGUUGAAAGAGGCCGUGCCUAGUCUACGCGCUAUGCGCCGUGCUAACUGCGGCGAGGACGCCGAAGAUUUAGAAGGCUUGACUGCAGCCCACAAGCUAAACAAGGCAACGGUGAUGGGCAAGGCAACAGAGUACAUCAAGCAUCUGGAAAAGCGCAACAAAAACAUGGCGGAUGAGAUGGCCUCGCUUAAGGCGCGCUUGGCUGCUGUCGAAGCGGCAAUCGGAAAGUCGCGGGACAGGCAGGCCAGCAUGAGCAGCAGUCCGCCAACGACCGCUGCACGACCAAGACAGCCUUCAUCAUCUGCGCAGAACGGUGCGCCGAGCUUCCUAAGCCUACCACAAGAACAAGCAAGGUAUGGCCAAACGGUCAUACCACAGCAGUAUAUGCAGCAACAGCCGCCACCUGCAUACGCGAGACCGCCAAAUCCACCCGCCGCGGCCCAGAAUCAGCCUCAGUAUGUGUACGGCCGAGGUGGCGGAGUCAUGAACAAGGUCAUGAUGGGUGCCAUGGCAAGCAUCAUGGUUAUGGAAGGUUUCAGUGAGCAACAAGACAGUGAUGCCAAGCAGCUCUUCGCGGUGCCAACACUACUCAGACGCAGCUUUGGAACAUCACCGCCAUCAUCGCCUGCCGCAUUCGCACGCCAGGCAGGCGUCCCCUUGCUGAAGCUUGUUUGCGUCAUAGGCGCAGUGCUAUACUUUGUGGUGCCACUUUUAGCUUGGAAGCCACGCCGAAAGCAAAGAACCCGCCCUGCCGUCCGUUUACCUCAGGUGCCGUCAUUGGCCUCGCCGGUCGAAGUUCGCCGCAAAGCGUGGCUUACUGCAAUGCAGACGGUGUACGUGCCAAAGCAUUUCCUGCUGGAAGUCGUCGCCGUGGCGUGGAAGAUGUUUAGCCUCAGCCUUCGUCGAUUGGUGGGUACGGAGGCUUGGAAUUCGAUCACCGGCACAAAAGAAGAGGAAGAAGCUGCCCGAGUCAAGGCUUGGGACAUCGCUAUAGAUGCUCAACUUGCCGGCGGUGACGCAGAAGUGAGCUACUAUCGCCUGCUGUUGACGUUGAUGGCCAGUGGCACUUUGCCAGACAGCCCAACAAGGCUCAUGCAGAAGGCCGUACACUUCCGUGUUUUCUUCUGGGAAGUCGCAAAUGCCGGCUACGGCAACAUGGUUGGCUUCAAGACCUUCACAGAAAAGGUCGGCAAGAUCUACUGGGACUCGGCGCGGAAGUUGCAGAAGGAGCUUUUGGACGCUCAAGCUCAGGGAAGGCCGUCGCAUGAUGACGGGAUCGAGGUGCUUCCCGACCAUCUCGCAAGCCUUGUUAAGCUGGAGUGCGACGAUGUGCUCAGUGACGAGAUGAUCCAGCGUGCAUGGAACCUAGCUUGGGACAAGCCGAGCGCUUACAACACCACAGCAAAUGUGGCCAGAGACAGCGUAAUCGAAGACCAUGCCAUCCGCUCACCGCUUGAUGCGGUGGCAGCUUGGUACGCCAACCUGACGAUUGAUGACACAUUACUUGAUAUGUUGAGCGAGCAUCCUUCCAGUCUGGACACAGAAUACUAUCUUGGCCUUGCGGCCAGCGUGGCUCCUCCAGCUUCCGCCACACAGAUGCGUGCCCUCGCUGCGAAAGCAGUUUUAUCGAACAGUCACCGCGACGCGAAUAUCAUUGCUGCACUCGAGACCUUUCCGGUCACGUCACCAGGCUCGGACGGCAUGAAUCUCGUCUGCCACGCCCCGGCAGCGGCGGACGUCCAUGUCGCACUCACUCUCGCUAAGCUCCUUUCACUCCUCGCGUCCAAUACUUCCUCCACAGCCCACGUCCGCGCAUAUAGCACGAUCGCGAGCAUGCACAUCCCCGCGGACAGCUUCACGCUGCUGACGGCGGUGGCGACCUAUCGUCUGCUACGCGUUACGAGUAAUGACCGGCACCUUCCGUACGCGGCUGCACAAGGCUUGGAGGACUUUGCUGCGAAUUUGAGAUUGUGGGUUGGUACGUCUGAGGGCUAUAGAGCGGGACUCUCGCCUGCGGAUAGUGGAAGAGUGGUGGAGCUUUGUCUGGGUAUGGCGAAGAAGGUUGGCGGGUGGAAUGGAAGGGAUAGCGGGUACACUUCUUUGGCGGCGAGCCCGAUACGGGCCUUUGCGGAGGUUGGUGCGUUCUAGUUACUCUUUCAACAGUGCUGUAUGCCGUUCAAAGAGCGAUCGUUGACAUCCUGAGGAAGAGGCAUUGUACGCCUUGUCACUCUGCGUUUGCUACUGAUAGUAUAGGUACGAGAACGAACCCGCCAGGACAGUCACGAC